GAUUAAACUAUUUAAAUGAACUUUGUCCCUGAGUCGCCUGAAAGGAACCCUGAUACCCGCGGAGACACGCUUGUUUCUGAAAUCACGCAGGGCAAAGACGCACCGUUCCAUGCGGAUUUAAAUCGGACUACAGGAGGAUUACUGCGGGAUUUGCACUCUUUUGGAGGGGUUUUCACCUUUUGGUUCCACUGUGGGGAAGCAGGUCUCACCAUGACGCGCGCAAGCACCGUGCUGCUGCUGAUGCUCUGCUCCUGUGAGGCUGCGAGGGUCGCAGAGAGCCGAGAUGACAACAGCGUGUAUGACCUGUUCGAGCUCAUCCGCGUCCCCAACAAGAACCACGGGGUGACUCUGGUGAAGGGAGACGACCCGUACAGUCCCGCCUACAAGAUCGUCAACCCGGACCUGAUCCCCCCGCUCCCCGACGGUGCCUUUCGGGACCUGAUCGACUCCAUCCACGCAGAGAGAGGAUUCCUGCUGCUGCUCAAUUUUAAGCAGUUCAAGCGGACCAGAGGCAGCAUCCUGACUGUGGAGAAACGCGACGGCUCCGGACCGGUGCUCGAGAUCGUCUCCAAUGGCAAAGCGAACACCUUGGACAUCGUCUACUCCACGGAGAACAAGCAGCAGGUGGUCUCCAUCGAGGAGGUGGACCUGGCCACGGGCCACUGGAAGAACAUCACGCUGUUCGUGCAGGAGGAGCGCGCGCAGCUGUACGUAGGGUGCGAGGAGGUGAACACCGCCGAGCUGGACGCACCGAUCCACAGCAUUCUGACGCAGGAGACCCCGCCGGGUGCGCGGCUUAGGGUCGGGAAGGGCGCAGUGAAAGACCGGUUCAUGGGGGUUCUUCAGAACGUGCGCUUCGUGUUUGGCACCACACUGGAAGCCAUCCUGCGCAACAAAGGCUGCCAAAGCUCUACAAGUGACACCAUGAUCCUGAAGAAUCUCAACGGUUCCUCAGCCAUCAGAACUGAGUACACCGGACAUAAAACCAAAGACCUUCAGAUGGUCUGUGGCUUCUCCUGCGAGGACCUGAUCAGCAUGUUCAAGGAGCUGAAGGGUCUUGGUGUGGUGGUCAAGGAGCUGUCCAAUGAACUCCGUCAACUGACAGACGAGAACAAGCUGAUCAAGACCCGGAUCGGCAUCCACAGAGGUGUUUGUAUCCAUAACGGCAUUGUUCGCAAAAACCGAGACGAGUGGACUGUGGACGACUGCACCGAGUGCACGUGUCAGAACUCCGCCACUGUGUGCCGUAAAAUCUCCUGCCCCUUGAUCCCCUGUGCCAAUGCUACGGUCCCCGAUGGGGAGUGCUGCCCCCGCUGUGGAACACCAAGCGAUUACGCAGAGGACGGCUGGUCGCCUUGGUCUGAAUGGACUCAUUGUUCUGUGUCGUGUGGGCGGGGCAUUCAGCAGCGGGGACGCUCCUGCGAUCGCAUCAACAACAACUGCGAGGGCACCUCUGUGCAGACCCGCGACUGCUACCUCCAGGAGUGUGACAAGCGCUUCAAGCAGGAUGGCAGCUGGAGCCACUGGUCACCCUGGUCAUCCUGUUCUGUCACCUGUGGCGAAGGAGUUAUCACCCGUAUCCGCCUCUGCAACUCUCCCACUCCUCAGUUGGGAGGAAAGCAGUGUGAGGGAGAAGCUCGGCAAACCCAGAAGUGCCAGAAGUCUCCAUGUCCCAUCAAUGGAAACUGGGGACCCUGGUCUCCGUGGGAUUUGUGCACUCUCACCUGUGGAGGGGGUGUUCAGACUCGUAAGCGCCUGUGCAACAAUCCUGCUCCUCUUUAUGGUGGUAAGGAGUGCGUCGGUGAGGCUACAGACAGACAGAUGUGCAACAAGAAAGCCUGUCCUGUUGAUGGUUGCUUGUCCAACCCCUGCUUUUCUGGAGCCAAGUGCACAAGUUUCCCUGAUGGCUCGUGGAAGUGUGGAAAGUGUCCCAACGGUUACUCUGGCAAUGGCAUCAACUGCAAAGAUAUCGACGAGUGUAAGGAGGUUCCAGAUGCUUGCUUUGAGUUCAACGGCGUGCACCGUUGUGAGAAUACAGAUCCAGGCUACAACUGUUUGCCCUGCCCUCCUCGCUACACAGGACCCCAGCCGUAUGGGCAAGGCAUAGAAGAAGCUGCUGCCAACAAACAGGUGUGUACACCCCGUAAUCCCUGCCUGGAUGGAAGUCACGACUGCAACAAAAACGCCCGCUGCAACUACCUCGGCCACUUCUCAGACCCCAUGUUCCGUUGCGAGUGCAAGCCUGGCUUUGCCGGAAACGGACACAUCUGUGGAGAAGACACAGACCUGGAUGGAUGGCCCAAUGCUGACCUGGUGUGUGUGGAGAACGCCACCUACCACUGUAAAAAGGACAACUGUCCCAACCUUCCCAACUCGGGGCAAGAAGAUUACGAUAAAGAUGGAAUUGGAGAUGCUUGCGAUGACGACGACGACAACGACGGCAUCCCCGAUGACAGGGAUAACUGUCCGUUCGUGUACAAUCCCAGGCAGUAUGACUAUGACCGCGAUGAAGUGGGCGACCGCUGUGACAACUGCCCUUAUAACAGCAACCCUGACCAAGCAGACACGGACAACAACGGCGAGGGCGACGCUUGUGCAGUGGACAUUGAUGGAGAUGGAAUUCUGAAUGAGAAGGACAACUGUCCCCACGUGUACAACGUUGACCAGAGAGACACGGAUUUGGACGGAGUGGGAGACAUGUGUGAUAACUGCCCUCUGGAGCAUAAUCCCGAUCAGGUGGACUCAGAUGAUGAUCGUGUGGGAGAUAAGUGUGACAGUAACCAGGACAUUGACGAGGAUGGACACCAGAACAACUUGGACAACUGCCCAUACAUCUCAAAUGCCAACCAAGUCGACCAUGACAAAGAUGGCAAGGGAGAUGCCUGCGACCAUGAUGACGACAACGAUGGCAUCCCUGAUGACAAAGACAACUGCAGACUGGCUUUUAACCCAGACCAGCUGGACUCUGAUGGUGACGGCCGUGGAGACGCUUGCAAAGAAGACUUUGAUCUAGACAACGUGCCUGACAUCUAUGACGUGUGUCCGGAGAACUUUGACAUCAGUGAGACGGACUUCCGUAAAUUCCAGAUGGUUCCACUGGAUCCGAAAGGAACAUCCCAGAUCGAUCCGAACUGGGUUGUCCGACAUCAAGGCAAGGAGCUGGUUCAGACUGUCAACUGUGACCCUGGCAUUGCUGUUGGUUACCACGAGUUCAACUCAGUGGACUUCAGUGGAACUUUCUUUAUUAACACGGAACGAGAUGAUGACUAUGCUGGUUUCGUAUUCGGUUACCAGUCGAGUUCCAGGUUCUACGUGGUGAUGUGGAAACAGAUCACGCAGACCUACUGGUCCCAUAAACCCACAAAAGCUCAGGGCUACUCUGGCUUGUCCAUCAAAGUGGUUAAUUCUACUACCGGUCCAGGGGAGCAUCUCAGGAAUGCCUUGUGGCACACAGGCAACACCCCAGGACAGGUCCGCACACUGUGGCAUGACCCGAAGAACGUUGGAUGGAAGGACUUCACUGCCUACAGAUGGCACCUGAUCCACCGACCAAGAACAGGACUCAUUCGAGUUGUAAUGUAUGAAGGAAAAAAGAUGAUGGCGGACUCUGGAAGCAUCUAUGACAAGACGUACGCUGGCGGCAGGCUAGGUCUCUUUGUCUUUUCUCAGGAGAUGGUCUAUUUCUCUGACCUGAAGUAUGAAUGCAGAGAUACAUAAGUAGGAUUUGAGGAAUCCACCUUUUUCUGUACAAAGUCAGAACUUCUAGAUUUCCUGCAAAGUCCAGAAGCGGAUUUAUCUUCAACGCUUUCUUCGGUGACACGCACACUCGAACAGGGCGAAGGCAUGUGUUCAGCCUCAGGUCAACUCCAUGCUGGUUUGUGCAGAGAGCUACCAGCUGAGUGCAAAGUUGAGGAUCUGAGAGCAGAAAGAGCUGAAAGAAAGGAAGAAAAACCAGCCUUGGAGCUAUGCAAGCAGGACACCAGCACCUUUCUAUCCCAGCUUUGCUCGCUUUCCAGCUGCCUGAAAGAACUCAUUCAUCUCUCUGCUGGAACGGUUCCUCAUGGAAAACUAUGCACUUGCAUCUCUGUCUUUCUGCUGAAAUUCUUCAGCCUGUCUGCCUUCUUCAGAUGAACAUCCAAAUGAAAAACCAAAUGAAAUAUUCCCCUUUUCCCCUCCAGACCAGCGCAGAUGAAGAGACACUUUCAAGGAAUUUUUAAUGUCAGAGACCUUCAACUUAAAGCAAACAAACUGUUGGCUAUGAAGAGGAAGUAAGAGAUGACAGAUCAUCACAUCACAGAUAUUUGUGUUCACAUGUACGGUUUGUGGAAGACAAGCCAUGAAGAGAAAUCCCUGCAGUGAGAAACUUCUGUUUUUGAGUUUUAGUCAGCUGAUGUCUGUUUUUCACUCUCAGGAUUAAAUGGAAACAAUCACUUUCACACUCAGACAAACAAAAACAAAAUCACUAAAAUAAGAUUUCCUCAAAAGUUACAACAUGUCCACUAAUGCAAUUCUUGGACUAAAGACUCUAAGAUUUAUCAUUUUGAGGGGCCACCUUGAGGAUUAAAACAAAACAAAAAGAAUUUUGGACUAAACGUGUAAUUUUGGAUAACAUUGAUGUGAUAGACCUUUAUUGUGGUCUCACAUCAUGAGAAGAACUUUACACAGACUAGAACUGAAAACAUCAUCAACUGCUGACUAGUUUUUGAUUUACAGGUAUUUUUAAUUAUUUGACUUUUUUCCAACUAGCACAACCAAAAAAGAAAAAAAACAUUGGAGUAAAGCAAAGUAUUUAAUAACUGAAAUGUAUAUGCAAGCAAACUAAAGGACGCAUCCUGCCAUGUACACCAAUGUUUGUUAUUUGGUGUAACAUCACCCUUUGACUCUAGGGGGCGCUUUUAUGAUAAACGUUAUCUCAUUUGGGGAAAUGCGGGGCACCAAACUCUAAGGCACAUCGAGCAAGACAAAAGAGUCAGAGAUCAACUAGUCAGACUUCAUUAACUGUGUUCACAUUGACUAGAACGUGUUUGUAACAUGCCACACAUUAGCAUAUUAGCAAUAACUUUAACUCGUAAAGGCACUUACGUAAAAAAAACAGACUGAUUCCGCUAAAACAAACUUGACUGUGACUUUGCUAACUCCCAACCUUGUUAGUAAAAAAAACAAGCUGACCCUGCUACACGUUAGAGUGUUAGCAUAAAAAUUAAGGUUUUUAACUGUUCCUUAUAGUACGGACAAUACGGUAAUUUCUGUUGCUCUACUUGACGAUAUGACCAUCUUAGUGAGCCAAGCAACAACAGGUUGCCGCUAAAGCAUUAUACGUGUUUGUGGGGGGGGGGUCAUACAUCCUUCGGUGGGUGGCAAUUUUAAGCAGUUUUUUUUUUUUUAAUUCUCCAGUUUUAUUUUCUAACAUUCUGACAAAAACUGUAGAUUCUGAAUUUUCUUGUUUCCAUUUUACUCUUAUUAUAUAUACAUUUUUUUCCUUCAACAUUGUCAAUUAACAUAUACAUUUAAAAAUAUUUCUUUGUUUUUGUAAUUGUCUUAUUUUAUUUAAAAGAAUGUGUCUGUUUCCUCCUCAAGGUGGCUUUGAAAUGUUUAAGUUGAUUUUGUCAAAAUAUCUGAUUUUAUUUACUUUCGUCUACAAUGUAGGCAGCAAACAAAAUUUAUUGAUUUUGAUUUUAAAAAAGUAUAAAACCUUUUUUUAAAUGGAGACUGAUCCAAAAUUAGGUAGGUCUUUGAAAGACUACUUAACAUGAAGUGUGCUUUUUUCCAUAGAUAUUUCAAACAGAGGAAACUUUAACUUACAAAAAUUACCUCAUUGCUGUAUUUCCUCCAAUCAGACUAAGUCCUUUGAAAAUACCAACAAGAAAUGUACAUAAUAGGACGUAUCUUUUCCAUGUUGUGAUGAAUCCCAGUUAAACGGAAGAUUUAAAAACGUUUUGGCAUUUUUUUCACAGAUAAAUUAUUUUUCUGUUGGUCUUGGCCGUUUGUGAGAGCUUGUCUGUGCGUGUGUGUAGAUAAAUCCUAUUUAAAUAAUUUAUCAGGAGCCGUGGCCUCGCAUGGAGGCGCGCGUCCAUCUGUAUAAACGGUUUGCACACUGAUAUGGUGUUCUUCGUUGUCAUUAUGUAUCAAGGUUUUUAUUAUUUUUGUACAAUUACUUUUGGCUGUUCUGUAAACAUUUUCUUAGUUGUAAAAAAUAAAAUGCUGUUUUUUUU